UUUACUCACCGCAACGACAAUGAGCACUGUAGCAAAGAAAGGCCCGAAUCCGCUGCUAGCGGCAUACGUCGCGCAGCUUGCAACGCAUCCCUUGCGCACCAAAGCCAUCACCGCAGGUGCACUCUGCUUCAUACAAGAAGUGCUCGCUUCACACGUCGCCAACUCGCCCGUCCAGCGGCCGCCCAAAGUUUCUCCGCGCGUCGCACAUGCGCUGGCUAUCGCAAAGGUAGAUGUGAAGGCGUUCAAGAUGGCGGUGUAUGGGUUCUUCGUGUCGGCACCUCUGGGACACGUCCUCGUUGGAUUGCUUCAGAAGGUGUUUGCGGGACGUACGGGUGCGCGUGCGCGUGUUGCGCAGAUACUUGCGAGUAAUUUGCUCGUUGCGCCGAUUCAGUCGGUCGUGUACCUUGCGUCGAUGGCGAUCAUUAAUGGCGCAAAGUCAAUAGACGAUGUCGUCCGUACAGUCAAGUCUGGGUUCAUGUCCGUCAUGCGGAUGACCUGGAUCACGUCGCCGCUUGCAAUGGUUAUUGCACAGAAGUUCCUUCCUCAGGAGCUAUGGGUACCCUUCUUCAACCUCGUCGGUUUCUCAAUGGGGACAUACUUCACAAUACGCGUCAAGAAAGCGCGUCUCCUAGCUGAGAAAGCCAAGAAAGCGAAAGAGGGUAAGGAAAAAGAGAAAGAGAAUAACAAGAGCGAAUAAUCGAUUUCGCCUCGCUCUAUCCACCCCACCACUCCUCUCAAACGACUCACCUAACUAUGAAUGCUGAUUUCUACUUUCACAUCUAUGGGAUUUAGUGUUGCUGUUGUUGUUGUAACAUACCAUUAUGAUCUUCCAGAUACUCCCCAUCUUGAUUACCUGUUUUACUUUUUUGCUUUUGACAUGCAAUAAUAGUGUUAUUGUUUUCGC